CCUGGUGCCGUUCGUUUUGUCGUGCCUUUUUUGUUUCACCGGGUGGAGCAAUUGGGUCGUCCACAAUAGCUACAGCGCAUCUCCUACAACAGGUUAUUUACCAACAGAAGUGUCCGCGCACCGACUUCUUGCCGGAAGCAGCACUACUGGUGCCCCGCCGCUUCGAACUACGCGCUCCAGAUCAUCUUCUGGUGGCGAAGGACCGGGCUCAGCAACAUCCGACGGAAGAACUUCGUCACGUCCCGAUGGUCAGCCGACCGGUAUUUUCCAAAGACUUUUCGGAAAGAACAGAGCUGGUUUCUUCAACUACCGAAAACGGUCAUCUUCCUCUUCCCAGCCAGUUUCCGGCACAACCACACCAGACCGUGCCGGUGUAGAUGAUUCGGGGACGGAUGGUGACCAAGAGGAAUCAGAGGUUCGCGUCCGCAUAGGUGGUCCUCCCGAAGGUGGCACAACAAGUGCUGGCACCGCCGACUUCAGCGGCGCGUCUUCUUCCGACGAACAGCAGGAGCAUGGACAGAACAACAACCCCUUCUACGCAACCGUAUUACAAAGGCUCG